AAGAAAACCAUGUGGAGGAGCCGCUAUGAGCCGUAUUAAAUUAGCCGCUAUGAGCCGUAGACUUUAGGUGCGUUUUGAUGGUUCUGCUGUCUGUGCUGCUUACCUCGGACUGCGGCACAUGUGCUAUGUAAUUGCGGUCUCCAUCCGCAGGUUGACAAUCUCGAUUCUCGUACAGAUAUGUCUCAAAAUGUCAUUGAGUCUAUGGAUGCGGAUAAUCGCGCCAUCGGAGUGUCCAAACUUGGCGACCAUGUUAAACACCUGCUAUUCAGUGAAGACAUGAGCGAUGUCGAGUUCGCGGUGGGACGUGAUUAUGGAGCUGUGAUGGUCUUCCCAGCUCAUAGGGUCAUAAUUGGCGUCCGCAGUCCUGUGUUCCACGCGAUGUUCUAUGGAAGUUUACCCGAUAACUGCACAGCUCCCAUCGAAAUCCCCGACGUUCUUCCGCACGCUUUCGCCAACAUGCUCAGCUAUUUGUACACCGAUGUGGUGUGGGAUUUCACCCAGGACAACGUCUUCCAUACACUGGGCUGUGCAGACAAGUACGAUUUGCCACUGCUGGUAGCCAUGUGCACUAAUUUUGUCCUGAGUGAUCUCAACAUCGGCAACUGCCUGGAUAUGCUGGAUAGCGCGGUUCACUAUGCAAAUGUGGCGCCGAGUAUCCUGGAAAAGUGUUUGAGCGUGAUUGAUGAAUCAGCAAAAUCGAUCUGGCAGUCGGUUCGGUUCAGCGCAAUCGGGCGCGAGGCCCUAUGCGCCAUUCUCAGCCGGGACACUCUGACCGCCAAUGAAGAUACCAUCUGUUUGGCUGUUGACAAGUGGGCCGCCAACAUGUGCAUGCAAAGGAAUUUAGACCCAUCCUUCGUAAAUCGGCGUGAGGUAUUGGGCCAGGCGUUGUUCCUCAUUCGGUUUCCGCUCUUGACAGAUGUACAGCUGCUGGAUGGACCCGUGAAGAGUGGUUUGUUGCUGCAAUCGGAGGUACUGGACAUCUACCAUUGUAAACACGCUACCAUCAAACCACCGCUGCCGUUUCCUACAAAGCCCCGACAAAAUGUGCGCGCUGAGGGUGUCAUCAGUUAUACGGUUCCGGAUGCCAGGGCACUGCCAGAGUCACCUGCCUGCAUGUUAAGCGACCUCGUGACUGUCAAAGCUGAUUACAGGAGAAUCGAAGUGAAAAAGAAAAUUUACGGUGAGUCUACUUAUCUGGGCUUCUACCUGUCGUGUUCUGGAUGUCCGAAAUCCACGUCGUGGACCUGCCAGGCUACAGCUGAGAUGCACCUGAUGCCAUGGAAAACAAACUGCACCAGUUAAGAAACAGAAAUCUCACUUGUUCAACAACAGUCAUUCCUGGGGAUUCCCGAAAUUUAUCUCUAUGGAGGUGAAAGUUUCAAACGAAGAAGAGCUUGGCAACAAUUGUUGAGUACGUGUUGACGAAGUUUGUAAUUUAAGGAUUUGCUGGAUCCGGAUGAAGGGUACGUUGAUCCUCAUAACUUCUCCUUAAGACUGCAAGUCAGAGUGACUGCUGACCUUCCUUCCGGAAUGGACUGAAAGCAUGUACGCAUGUGGAGCAUAAUAAAUGCAUAAGGAUCAGUUAUGCGCAUGAGUGAAAUAAAAUUAUGUUGGAACGCUAACAAUGUGCCUAGUGCAUUUUAGAUUAAUUGUUGAAUUUGUUGUUGCGUUUACAGAUUUUGUAUCUAUUCUUGUUGCUGCUGAGUUUUUAGUAGGCUUGCACUCAGA